GUAAAGAGGCAAAAUUAGAGAAAUUGUGUCACAGUCCAAAUACUUCUGGCCCUGACUGUAUAUGUAUGAUGUAAGGCAACCUGUUGGUAAGAGUUUGUCCAGUGUGUUCUGACAUUGAGUUUAUCAAUGUGCUCUGUUUCAGGGCAUCGGGGGAGGUGGUGUCGGGCGUGGUUACCAAAGUGUUCAACCAGCCAAAGGCCCGCGCUAAGGAGCUAGGCACAGACAUCUGUCUGAUGUACAUGGAGCUAGAGAAGGCAGAGGUGGUUCAGGAUGAGCUGCUCAAAGGCCUGGACAACAAGAACCCCAAGAUAGUGGUGGCCUGCAUCGAGACACUCAGGAAGGCUCUCAGUGAGUUUGGAUCGAAGAUAGUGACGUUGAAGCCUGUAGUGAAGGUUUUGUCCAAGCAGUUUGAGUCCAGAGAGAAGGCGGUGAGAGAUGAAGUCAAGCUGCUUGCUGUAGAGAUCUACAAAUGGAUCCGAGAUGCUCUGAGACCACCACUGCAAAAUAUUAACUCUCUACAGCUGAAGGAGCUGGAGGAGGAGUGGGUGAAGCUGCCUUCAGCUCCUCCCAAACAGACCAGGUUCCUGCGCUCACAGCAGGACCUGAAGGCAAAGUUUGAACAGCAACAAGCCCAGGGAGGAGAACCGUCUGAUGGAGAGGAUGAGGCGGAAACAGUGGCAGCAGUGGAUCCUUAUGAACUGCUGGAAGCCGUGGAGAUUCUGUCCAAGAUACCCAAAGACUUCUAUGACAAAAUAGAAGCUAAAAAGUGGCAGGAGAGGAAAGAAGCUCUGGAGGCUGUAGAGGCUCUGACAAAGAACCUCAAACUAGAGAAUGGAGACUAUGGAGACCUUGUCAGAGCUCUGAAGAAGGUUGUGGGGAAAGAUGCCAAUGUGAUGCUGGUGUCAGUGGCAGCUAAAUGUCUUGCUGCACUGGCCUCUGGUCUCAGGAAGAAGUUUGGAACGUAUGCAGGACAAGUGGUUCCAACUAUUCUGGAGAAGUUCAAGGAAAAGAAGCCUCAGGUGGUCCUGGCCCUGCAGGAGGCUAUUGAUGCCAUCUUCCUCACUACCACUCUUCAGAACCUGUCUGAGGACAUUCUGGGUGUGAUGGACAAUAAGAACCCCUCCAUUAAGCAGCAGGCCGCUCUGUUUCUGGCCCGCUCCUUCAGACACUGCACACAGGCCACGCUGCCCAAGAGUGUCCUCAAACCACUCUGUGCUGCUCUCACCAAGCAAGUGAAUGACUCUGCUCUAGAGGUGCGUGACGCCGCCUUCGACGCUUUGGGGACGGCCAUGAAAGUGGUGGGAGAGAAAGCUGUAAACCCUUUCCUGGCUGAUUUGGAUAAACUCAAACUAGACAAGAUAAAGGAGUCUGCUGAUAAAGUGGAGCUCCCUGGAGCAAAGAAGGGUGCAGGAGGAGGAAAAGGGGGGGAAAAGAAGGCAGCAGCUAAAGCUCCUCCCCCUGCUGAAGCUCCACCUAAAUCCUCUGCCCCACCCAAGAAGACCCAAACUGGUGCUGCCAGCAAGUCGUCAGCAGGCCCAUCGAAGAAGGCCAAACCAACCUCUGUAGUUGGUGGAAAAACCAAGAAGAACCCCGAGAGUAAAGAGUUCACCGAGAGCGAACUCUCGGUAAGUCUGUGUGCAUGCCUUUUCCUUUGCUUUGCUGCUGAAGCUUUUGUCACAGCCCGGGCCCCCGCAGUUCCUUAAAAGUCUUAAAACUUUUUAAGUGCAGUUCUUGAUACUUAAGUUUUAAAAAUGUCUUCGGAGUGUAUGGAAGUGUAGACGGGUCCGUAUUGUUCGGUACCACUCAGAAUCUGAAUUCCUAGAUCAUUUGAAAUAUAAAUCAGUGUUGUGGUCUUUUAGAAUCUAGGUGUGAAACUACAACCACAUCAAGGUUUGUGGUUCAGUUUUAGAUUUGAGGGUUUCAUUUAGUUUGUCAAAGUAAAGCACAGGUGGAAUUGUUAAUGACGAUGCUGGCCGCGUUCUUGUUAAGUCACAGGGCUCUGGUAUUUGUGCGUGCUCGCUCACUGACAUGGCCUACUGGGACACUAAUGGAAUGGAGCCAUUGUUGGUUAUUUACAGCUGUGUGCCUCUGCUGUUUUUGACAAGUCAAUGCCUGCAUUGAAAAGGGUCUAUUAUGGUGAGCACCAGGGUGGCUGGGGGUCAGAGGUUGAGCGUGUCCUUCAGUCUAAAGAUUGGCGGUUUGAUCCCCGGCUCCUCCAGUCCUAGUCAAUUUUCUUUACUCCCGCUCCUGUAGGCUGUGCCUCCAGUGUGUGAAUGUUAGUCUGAUCGGCAGGUGUGUGAAUGAUGACAUGUAGUGUUGAAGUGCUUUGAGUGGUUGUAGAACUAGGAAGGAGACUAAAUUACCAUUUAGCUCCAACUUUAAGCUUUAUCAGUACAUUGUUGUUGGACGUUCAAAUGGUGUGUGUGUGUGUGUGUGUGUGUGUGUGUGUGUGUGUGUG